UUGGCUGAGGUGCGAAAGAAAUAGCCUAUCCAGUAAUCGCGCUAUCUCUUUCUAUACCCGAUGACGGUUCGGCAGCCCUGCAGGCUGCCUUUAGUAGCUGUUAGUAGUAUAUGCUUGAAGGUUUGUUGAUGGCAACUUAACCUUAAAGAAUAAUUUUUCGCAGUAUUACUGAAUAUAAAAUAAUACAAAGAAAUGUCUCUUUUUGCUGCUUUUGCUAAAAAUACAAGUGAAACAAGUUGUCAAAAUACUGAAAAGUCUGGAAAAGAUACAGAAAAACUACCAUGGCUCAAAAAUUCAAGUGCUCAACAGAUAUCUGAAUGUUUAGAAAAAUCUAAUUUACAAGAUGUAUGGUCCGAUAGUUCAGAUGAAAAUUUCGUUGGUGAUUCUAACAAAGAAAUUGAAAACAUAACUGAUUUGCAAAAAAGUAAUGUAUCUGCUAAAAUUGAAGUUAAGUAUGAUCACAAUAAAAAGACUAAACAUAAAAAAAAAACUUGUUCAAAAAAAUAUGAAACUCAUGUGAAAGAUAUUUAUUUUGAAGACAAAGAAAGAAACAAAAGGUUAUGUACUAUGGAAACCCUUGAUCGUGGUAUAAGACCAAGUUAUAGUAUCUUUGAUAAAGGUUUUGGUUUUCCUUAUAGAAAGAAAGGUAAAAAAAUACAUUAUCGUAGAUACUACAAAAUAAAAUCAGAUAAGUCAAAGAAACAAGAGAAAAAAGAAAAUGAGGAUGAAGAUUCUGAAAGUGAACCUGAGCGCUCAAAAAAUUAUACUCAUUUAUUAAAUUCUAUAGAUCUAGAUAAUCAAAAGUUAUUGAUUGAAAAUUUUAAUCAAAUGCUAACACAGUAUCCUAGUGAUAUUCAAACUUGGCUUGAGUACAUAUCAUUUCAAGAUCAAACAAUUCAAAUCUCUCCAUUUCAAUCUGAACGAGAAAAAUUACAGCAAUUAGUUAGACAAAAAAAAUUAUCCAUUGUUGAAAAAGCUUUGGCUUUAAACAAUGAUUCAGUGGAUCUUUUAAAAAUGAAACUGAAAAUUUUGUCAGAGUUAAUGCCAACUGACCAAUAUACAAAUGAAAUUGAAAGUAUGAUUCAGAAAGAUCCUAAAAAUAUUAUAUUGUGGGAAACUCUUGUAACAGUGAUACAAACUUCCUGUGCUUUAUUCAAAAUUUCAAGAGUUUUAAAUUUGUAUGAAAAAAGUUUUGCUGUCCUAAAAAAGAAUAGAAAUUUAAAUUCAAAAUUGUAUGACAAGCAAAUAUUAGCACUGUUGUAUCAAUGUUUGAUGCUCUUAAGACAUGCCGGACUUUGGGAGCAAAUGUGGGAAAUUAUAAAAAUAAAUAUCUGUUUAAAUCUCACUGUGCCUCAAGAAUCUUUUCAGAACAUUAAAACAUUUGACGAGAAAACGGUUAUGACCAUGGAAGAACUUAUUUUAUCAACUAGACUUCCUUCAAAUCAGCUGUGGUUAAAAAUUGAAUCGCUAAGAGAAUGUUGUCACUGGAUUGGUCUUGAUGUUACUAAAGUUGAUAUUAGUCUCGUUGGAGAUGAAAAACGUUUAGUAUCUGCUGAAGAAACAGCUGAUUUUAUAUAUCCUAUAAUAUCAAAUGAUUCAAAUUUUCUAUUAGCUAUAAUUUCUAUAAUCUGUCUUAAAGUACCAUUAUUACCCUCUAGAGAUUCAACGUUUAGAGAUUUUAAUUUGGAUAAACAUAACUGGAUUCCAGAUUCAUUGGAGUUCAUAUUACCAAUGAUUUAUCCUUCAAUUGGAGUAUGUGAUGUAGAUGCUAGAUUUAGUAAUCUAAAUGUAGUUAAAGAAUUACUUGAAGGCAAGCUGUCUGCAGGACCUCCACUCCUAAAGUACCAUCCUUCUCAAGAAUUCUACUUUGAAUUUGUUAGAUUAGUAUUUAAUACAAUAGCACAAGAGCUUCCACCUCUGCAAAGAACUAGUAUUUUAGUAUGGUGGCUUAGAUUUGAAAGAUUACUUAUUUAUAUUUCUAAGCAUGAUCCGCUUAAAGAAGCAAAUAGAGACAAAAAAUUGAAAUCAGCAAUCAAGAGCUUUUUAAAGAAACCUGAAAACAGAGAAAAUCUUCAUUUUUAUAGAGAAUAUGCAAUGAUAGAAUUUGAGCUGGGUUCUUAUGACGAAUGUAUUCAAAUGCUGAAAACACUUCUUGAAUCACAAGACCAUAGUUCUCAAGAUAUUGACAAAAAAGGAGCCAUCAUAAGUUUGUAUAGAACAGCUUUUGAAAUUAUUUUCAAUCUAAACAUUGAUAUACCACUGCUUUUGAAAAAUGUACAGCCAUUUAUUACUUUACUAAAAAAUUAUGUUUCCAACAGUUUUGAUUGUGAUAGAAAUUUAUCUAUCACAGAAAUAUUAUACAAUGAAAUUCUAAACUUUUUAAAAGAUUCUCCAAUAGAUGAAACUGAAGAUGCUUUCUUUUUACCAAAUCAUAACUGUGAUAUAUUAAUUUGUUAUGCUUAUUUGCUACUUGUACAGAAUAACAGUAUUGAUACUUUAAAUGAUAUUGUAGAGUUAUUUGACAGAUGCAUAACUCAUUGUGGCGAUUGCCCUAGAAUAGUGGAGAGAUUUAUAGAAAUAAAAAUAGUAUUCUUAAAAAUAUGUAAAGAUAAAGUUAAUCUAAAUAACAAUAUAUUGUUUGAAACAGUUAGAGAAGCUUAUGAAAACUUUCAAAAUAAUUUUUUCUUUAUAUCUUUACAAGCUCUGUUUGAAAGUGAACAACCAUUUUGGAAAAUGAAUAUCAGAAGUAAAAAUUUAAAUAUUUGGUAUAUUAUUGCUCGUUGCUUAGCUGGAAGAGUCCGAAUUGCUCAUAUGAAAAAUAUUGAAUCUCAAGAAGGAUAUGCUGCAAUGGUCAACAAAAUGCUUUCAUUUCAUACAGCUGUAUCUAAAUUUGAAGAAUUACAAAAUUGCCCAUUGGUUUGGAAGUUCUACAUGUUGUUGAUUCAAGAACAUAAUUUAUCGGCAAAAAAAGGAGAAGAAAUUUUUUAUGAAGCUAUUUCUCAGUGUCCUUGGAACAAAAAUGUGUACACUUGUGCUGCAGAAAUAGCACCUCAAGUUUUGUCACAAAUUCAAGAUUUAAUUCAAGAAAAGGAGUUAAGAAUACACAUUACUCCUGAAGAACUAGACAUUUUAAGAAGUUAACUUGUUUAAAAAAUAUAUUUGUUAUUAUGUAAAUAUUAUAAUAGUGAAUAAUUUGAAGUUUGUUAAUUUAAUAAAUUGUGUAUUAAUUUAUAAUAAUUCAAGCAAUGUAAAUACAUUUAUGUAAUACUUGCAAAUAGAAUAAAAAGAAAUAGUUUUGUAACGAAAAAUAA